AUGGCGUCGCUAUUUUCGCGUAAAAAGGACAAAGACAAGGAUGAGAUGCCGGUGGUGGCCAAAAAGCCGCCGGUGCCCCCGAAGCGGAACAAGCUCUUCUCGUUGGGCUCAUCUCAAAACAGUCGCGAGGGUCCACCGCCCGCCGAGCCGACGAAGCCACUCCCCUCAUCCUCCGUCUCCUCCAGCCAGAAUCUCGACGAUUCGACGCGCAGUCGAGCCAGUACUAACCCAGGCCCUCAACCGCUGGAGCUGAACUACGGAAAUGGCAGGGACGAGGAGACGUUCGCCCAGCGGAUGCAGGCUUUUUUGCAGAGUUCGAAUGCUGUGAAUACGGACCCGCUGUCGCCCACUCAACCACAUUCAAGCGCUGUUUUUGGGGCAUUGAAGGAUUUCGACCUUCCUGGCCUAAAAUUACCAGCUCUCCAAGCCGUCCAAGUCAACCAACGACGUCUCCAGCUCAAACGAGGCCUAGCGGGCGAUUUCGGCUUCACAAUCCGGCGCGUGCAAUUUCCGUUCAACGGCGUGCUGAAGACGAUCGUGUUCGCCGAGCCGUCCGAGAUAAAGCCCGGCCCGCCACGCCCGGAUGAUAUUAAAAAAGGCCUCCUCCCCGGCGAUCAACUCGUCGAAAUCGAUGGGAAACGAGUGGAUGCCCUGAAUCGGGAUGAGAUCAACGAUGUCGUACGACAGGCUGGAGAUGUUAUUUCCCUAACCGUCCGUUCCGUACCUGAAUUGGCCGAAUUCUGCGAUCGUCACCGUGGGCCGAGGGAUGUUGGGGAUAGUCUACUCCUGACUGAUGUUGACACAAAUGCGCACGAGGGUUGCCGCCGUGGCCAAAUGCCGCCCCAUAUCUACGCGACGGCCCAGCAGGUCUACAGAUACAUCCAAAUGACGGCAAGCCCGCAGGCGGUGCUCUUCACCGGAGUUUCCGGAUCCGGAAAAUCCGCCCAGCUCCGCUCGUUUGUACAGUACCUGGCGGCAGUGGCUGGCUGGACCAAGACGUUGCCCUAUCCGAAAAUCGCGGACGCGUUCAAUAUCCUCGAGGCGUUCGGCAACGCUUCGACGACGUUGCAUCGAGACUCGACCCGAUUUGUCCAAAUGUUCCAGCUGGGCUUUGAUAAGGCAGCAGCGUUGAGAACCGCAAAAAUCCAAUGUUGCCUUCUGGAGAGUGAUCGUGUGGUGAAGAGGCCCGAAGGAGAAUCCUCAUUCCACGUCUUCUACUACCUGUGGGCCGGCGCCGAUGCCGAGCUUCGCCAACGACUUGGCCUCGAUUCGAUCGAAUCCCCAAUGAUUGGGCCGAUACCGGGCGGCGAGGCCCGUCAACAGUACAUCGAGGGUUGGAGUCGUCUACUCGAAGCCUUCCAAUCCCUCGGUUUCAACCGAUCUCAAAUCGAUGCGAUCUGCUCGUUGCUGGGCGCUCUUUUCCACCUUUGCAGAGCCGAAGCCUCGCCCGGCCCGGCGCAACGUUCCCAAUUCCUUCGCGCAGCUCACGCAAGACUAGCAGCUGCCCUGCUUGGACUGAUCGACAUUCCGGGCGCGAAUUUCAACGCUGCUUGGGGUGAAGAAGGCCGAAGACGAGCCUCUGGCCUCAACGACCUCGUGUACAACUACGUGAAUGAACGCGUGGCCGAACUGUUCCACGAUAAGGCAUUUGCAGAGAUGGAUCAGCUCUACACCCGCGAGCAAGUGGAUGUGGACGUGGAAAAACCGCUCGGAUCACCGCACGCCCUGAAUCGGCUGCUCGAUCAGAAACAGCACUUGGUGAAUUGCACGGAUGUGGACCGUCGAUCAGACGAGAUGCGUGGUGUAUUUCCGAUUGUCGAAGAGGAAAGCUGCUAUCCGGGUGCCACUGAUGAGAGCAUUGUCGAUCGCAUAUUUAUACAUCUUGGAGACCAAUCUAGAUUCAUCCGUCGUGCCACCCGUCAACGCCAAUUUGUCGUCGCCCACGGCCUCGAUUCCCAGCCUACUACUUACGAUGUUACAGGCUGGGUCCGACAGGCUCAAGCGAGUGAUCCGUCGAUUGGGCUGAGGAAACUGUUGUACGCCAGCAAUAGCGCCACGCUGCGAGAACUGCUUGCCCCGAGCGGACUGUCGGCCGGCGAUUCAAAUCUGAAGCUACGCAGAGCUACUCAAUCCGUUACGUCAUUCGACCAAGCCGGGCUUCUACGGCGUCGAGAGCACGGAUUUGCCGCCAAUCUUGCCCAUCAGAUCGACUACGUCUUCUCCGUUGUACGCCGCUCGCCCCGUGCCCAUUUCGUGCACUGUAUUCAGCCGUCGCCGAACAGUGGUUCUUCAGGACAGAUGCUAGCCUCCGGGCUUUCGACGCAGGACCCGGUGGAUGUGCCAUUUGUCAGGGGGCAAAUGCGAAGUAUUCUGCUGAUCGACACAGUGAGAGCGAAUAACAGGGGAUACCCCGAGCGCGUGUCAUUCCGUGAUUUCCGGCGUCGUUUCGGUUGUCUAACAGAUGAUGGCCAAGGGGCGGCGACGAUCGAUGAUGAAAUGGAUGACCGAGCGGCCGUUCAAAAGAUCAUGGACCGGAUGGAUAUUCACGCACAUCGAUAUCGACUCGGAAUUAGUCAGGUGCUGCUCCGCUCCGACGUCCUUUCCGAGCUUGAAGACCGCAGGGAUCUCGGUCUCUCGGGGCUCAUCGUCGCCUUUCAACGAGAAGCCCGUCGUCACCUCGCCACCAAGUGGCUUCAGAAGCGUCGCGUACUCGAGACCGCCAUUCGGUGCAUACAGAAAAAUGGUCUCAGCUACAUGCGAGUCCGGGAAUGGCCCUGGUGGCGUAUCUACACUCGUGUACUCCCCCUUCUCCCUCUCAAUCGAGUAGAUGACGAACAUCGAGAGUGGGCUGAACGUGUUCGCCAGCUUGAGCACCAACUGGCCGUCAGCAAGAAGGAGAAGUGCCGACUUGAAGGAAAAUGCUCGGAAAUGGAUGAAGCCCUGGGACGAGAAGCCGACGCAGUUGUUCAGCUACGCGGUGAACUGGAGGCUGAGCGUCAACAGCGGAUGGUUGUCGAGAGAAGAGCCGCUGAUGGGGAUAGACUAUCGAGAGUAUCAUCUGUUGCUCAUCUUGAGGGAGAGGGAAGGGAGAAAGAGUGGAAGAUGAAGCUCGAACAGACACUCGAACAGCUGGAGAUGCUCAAGGCGAACACGCAGCGGACCGUGCAGCAGUUGGCUGAGGUGCGCGCCGAGCACGAGGAAACGCGAGCCCGGAACGAAACACUGGAAAAGAAGCAGGCAAGAUUCGACGAGGAGCUCCGUACUGUACAAAUGACGGCCGAGGAGCAGAGGGUCGGAAAGGAGAAGGCGAAUCGAGAGAGGGAUGAGGCGCAGCAGACAUUACUGAGGAAGAGGGCCGAUUCGGAGGCGUUGAAAUCGGAGAACCAAGAGCUACGAACGAGCAUCAGCCGGCUGAAGAGGGAAAUAGAAGAGGCGCAGGAGAAGGAGACAUCGGCGGACGCGGUCGAGCUGGUCCAAUUGCGGAAGGGAAAGAGGGAGAUGGAGACAAAACUUCACGAUCAGGAGGAAGAACUGGACGACCUGGCCGGCCAGCGACAAUUACUCCAACAAAAUGUGACCCGAUUGGAGAUGCAGCUGGAGAGGAUGAAGAAUGACCUGUCGCGGAAUAGCCAGGCGAGAGAUGUCGAGACCGAAGAGUUGAGGGCCCAAUAUCAGCGGAGGGUGCGAGCAUUCGAGGAUCAAAUCGUCGACCUGCAAGACCAGAAUGCCGCCCUCCUCAAGCAGAACAGAUCGCUCGAGCAGAGGACGCGCAAUUUCGACGCGCAAAGCGUAUCGCUCGAGCUAUCGGGUGGGCACUACAAGCGAGAGCUUCGCAAAGCGCUUGCCCUGCUCGCUGACACGCAGACCGUUCUCGCCCAUGAGCGUGAUAAUAAUGGGGGACAGGCCCUCAUUCGACAGUUACGCGAUCAACUCGAAGACGCCGAGGCGACAAAACUGUCGGCGUUGAAGGGAAGGCACGGGCUCGAGUCGGAACUCAACGAAUUGAGGGCACAGAUCGAGCAACUUUUGGCCGGGAAAUCGGCGGCCGAGGAGAAGGUGCUGGCGCUGAUGCGCGAGAAGAACAGCACGGCAGCCGUGCUUGACGAUAAGGACGAGCAAAUCCAGCAGCUUCUCAAGAAAUACAAGGCCGCCGUCCAGCAAAGUCAUAUUGAUGGCAUUCAGAUUGCCGACUAUAUUGAACAGAUUGCCGACCUCGAGCGGGCAAAGCAAAAGCUGGCCGAGCAGUUGAACGAGCGGAGUUCGCAGCUCGAAUUUUUGGAGCAACACACGGUGGAGAAGCACAAGCUGAUUCUGGCCGAUCAGAAGAUUCGCGAGCUGGAGGCAAAGUUGGACGUGGAGAUGAUGAUGAAGCAAAAGUUGGAGUCGGAUUUGCACCGAUCAACCGAUGAGGCUGAAGCAUUGACCGAGCAGAUGAAGGAGGCCUAUGUUGCCCGCGAUAGGGAGAUUGAAGCCGCGAAAAAGCUUCGUAAAGAGCUUGUGGCCGGCCAGGAAUCGCUGGAGACGAUGCGAAAACGAGAUACGGAGGGGCAUCACCGACUGAAGUUGCAGCGCGACGAGUCGGAGGGCCUCCUGGAAAAGCUGGCCUGCGCGCAAGCCGAGCUCAAGAUGGCCAACAAACGCAUCGACAACCUGCAGGCGGCGCUGGCCCACAACCUGGGCGAGUCCGACCAGGAGUUGUCCGAUUUGGACGAGCUGGACGAGGAUGACGAUGGCGUCUAUGAGAAUGGAAAAGCGCAUCUCGACGAUUCGACAAGCACUAACGGGAUGCACAUUUUA